AUGAACAAUUUGAGUAAAGCCAUAUUAAAUGGAGAUUUUGAUGAAUCUUCAUCAUCUAAUGAUGACAUAAUAAUGAUGCAAUUGUUAACAACGCAACAACAAAGAAUACAAGCGUUAACCCUAAACCAACCAACUAGACAUAUUAGUUUCACAAGUGGUCGUCGAUACAUUAAUCGUGAGAGGGUCAAAGGCGACGAACAAAUUUAUAGAGAUUUUUUUGCAGAUAAUCCUAUCUAUACAGAAGAAUACUUCGGAAGACGUUUUCGAAUGAGGCAGUCACUGUUUGUCAGUAUCUUACAUGAUAUUCAACAUGUGAAUGAGCACUUCAUCCAAUCCCGUGAUGCCACUGGUGCUCCUGCAUUAUCCGAUGUACAGAAGAUGACUGCAGCACUUCGGAUCCUCCAAUACGGCAUACCUACUGAUGUUGUAGACGAGUACAUUAGAAUCGGUGAAAGUACUGCAAUUGCCACCUUAAAUUUUUUUACCAGAUCAAUUGUUGCUACCUAUGAAGCCGUUUACUUAAGAUCUCCAAAUGAAGCAGAUGUUGCCAGAUUAUUGCAAGAGGGAGAGCAACGCAGGUUUCCUGGAAUGUUAGGGAGUUUGGAUUAUAUGCACUGGCGUUGGGAUAAAUGUCCAAGUGCCCAAGCCGGUGCUUACACUGGACACUAUCACAAACCAACAGUUGUACUCGAGGGAGUUGCCUCCUAUGACUUGUGGAUUUGGCAUACUUUCUUUGGCAUGCCUGGCUCUCUAAAUGAGAUUACUGUUCUUGACAGGUCGCCUUUAUUUGCUGAAUUAACUAGAGGACGUGCCCCCACUGCCAACUACACCAUCAAUAAUCACGCAUACACCAUGGGGUAUUAUCUUGCUGAUGGUAUCUAUCCUCGUUGGGCAACGAUUGUGAAAACAAUAUCUCAACCUCAAGGCGCAAAGAGACAACUAUUUGAGAGGAUGCGGGAGGCAUGUCGGAAAGAUGUCAAAAGGGCAUUUGGAGUGCUCCAAGCACGAUUUAAUAUUGUCAGCGUGCCAGCUAGAGGUUGGAGUGAUGAGGAUCUGUACUACAUCAUGAAGACGUGCAUUAUUUUGCACAAAAUGAUCAUUGAAGACGAGCGUACUAUUCCAGAAAAUGAAUCCAAUGUAGCACAACUUGAGACUGAUACCAAUCGCUGCGCUAUCAUAAUGUCUGCAGAAAUACAACAAACCGAUCUUACAGAUAAUCUCCACGAAAAUGAAGAGGGCGAUUUGGAAACCCAAAUCAUAGACGCGACAUCAAACUUACCGGUAUCCAAUAUACCAAUAACUAAUCCAAAGAUAGGCGAUGCGGUGUGGCAGAAACUCACAUUCAAGUCAUUUAACCAGAAACAUUUUGGAUCGCCAUUUCGUACCAGUGCUAGUGCUUCGUCCUUGGUUCCGGUGGCACGUGCGUCGCGAUAUAUAUUUUCUUUGUUACUCUAG